CGGGCGGGCAGUGCGGCGCCGCUGCUGCUGAGCCGGAGGCGGAGGGGGAGCGAUGGAGCAGGGAUACGGCGGUUAUGGCACCUGGAAUACUGGGGCCACCAACACUCAAGGUACAUACGCGACGAAUGCAACGAGUUGGCAAGGCUAUGAAGGCUAUGACUAUUACAACACCCAAACCACUGCCGCCAAUACAGCGGCCACAUACAACUACGCCGCAGCCGCUGCCACCUCCAGCAGCUGGGAAACACCCAAAACUUCAGAUAUGAGCAUGAACGCCGACGUCAACGCCACCAUGCCCGUCGCCUCGUAUGGCACCGAGACUUCAGCGAACGAGAAUUCGGAUUCCAUCAUAGCCAAAAUCAACCAGCGUUUGGAUAUGCUGUCGAAGGAGGGCAGUGGCGGAACAGGGGAAGGGAUGGAAGACCAGGAGAGCUCUUUCAGAUUUGAGUCUUUCGAAUCGUACGACUCGAGGUCUUCAAUGAACGACCGUGACAUGUACCGAUCCGGCUACGAUUAUGGAGAAGUUGGAACCGAUCGGAAUGAUUCCUUCGGGAGCCAGUUUGACAACCGCAGGGAUCAAUCUCGCAACCGAGGAAACAACUACGGCCUCAUCCGAGGACGGGGUCAAAACCGUGUUCAAAAUCGAGGGCGUCUAAAUGCUUUCAACCGCACUGACCACUUCAUGCCCUCCUCCAGCUCCGAGCGCCUCUCGGCUCGUUGGAAUGAGUUGAACUACAUGGGUGGGCGUGGGAUGGGAGGUGCCGGAUCCAACAGGCUCCCUUCCCUCUUUUCCCAAGCCCUCGUUCCCGAUUACGGUGACUAUGGAGACUAUGGAGAUUACGGCGACUACGGCGACUAUGGGGAUUAUGGUGAUUAUGGCGACUACGGAGAUUACGGUGACUACGGAGACUAUGACUAUGGCAUGAUGGGGAUGUCGGGCAUGGGAAUGGGACGGUAUGGGAAUAUGCCGUACGGAAUGGGGAGGCAACGAAACAGAGACAGGAUGGGUACAGUGCCCUGGCACAUGAAUGCGCUCAUGCCCAAGAGAAGAGGUUUCCGAAACCGUUCAGGAGGGCGAUCGGAUGGCGAGGGAGGAGGACGCAAACGAAAACAGUCACAAAGUGGAGAUGAGCCGGACAGCAAACAGGCGAAGACCGACAGUGAAGGAGACGACACCGAGAACGAUGAGGCCGAAGGAGAGGAAAAAUCAGGAGAUGAAGCUGACAAAGCAUCUGGAGAUGGCUGUGAAGAUGAUGACGAGGAAGUGAAAAAGAAGAGGGAGAAGCAGCGGAGAAGAGAUCGGAUGCGUGAUCGUGCUAUGGACAGAAUCCAGUUUGCCUGUUCCGUCUGCAAGUUCCGCAGUUUUGAGGAAGAGGAGAUCCAGAAACACCUCCAGAGCAAGUUUCACAAAGAGACCUUGCGAUACAUCGGUACCAAACUCCCGGAUAAAACGGUCGAGUUUCUGCAGGAGUACAUUGUCAACAGGAAUAAGAAAAUCGAGAAGCGGCGCCAGGAGCUGACCGAGAAAGAGGGCACAAAACAGAAGCCGGAUCCUUUUAAGGGUAUUGGCCAGGAACACUUCUUCAAGAAGAUCGAGGCAGCUCACUGCAUGGCAUGCGACAUGUUAAUUCCUGCCCAGAACCACCUCCUCCAGAGGCACCUGCGAUCUGCCGAUCACAACAGAAACCGCAGGAUGGCUGCAGAGCAAUUCAAAAAGACCAGCUUACACGUCGCCAAGAGCGUCCUGAAUAACAAACACAUCGUAAAGAUGCUGGAAAAAUACCUCAAGGGAGAAGAUCCCUUUACGGAUGAAAUCGGGGAUCAGGACGUGGAUGAAGCUUUGGAAGGCGGAGAUGGCACCGGGGAAGGAGCGACCGAAACCACUGCAGUGGAGGUUGCCCAGGAAGGAGGAGGAGGAGGAGAAGGAGGAGGAGGAAUCGGGGAAGUUACGGAAGCAGCAGAACCUUCUGAAGAGUUUUCCAAACCUGAGGAAUUCCUUAAAAAUCUAGGGGAGCAAGAUCAGCCCCCCAAACCACUGCUGAUGCCCCCGUUCCUGCAAGACGACGAGCUGGAAGCAGAGGAGAUGAUGUCGGAAGCGACAGCUGCGGUGACUUCGGAAGCGGCGCCGCCAUCUUCG